UCGUACAAGUAGAAAGCAAAAUAAGAGAGCGCCAUGGUAAGGACGGCAAAUAGUUAAAUAGCCCCGCUCACACUCUUCUCCCGUCCCGUCUCGCGCCUCGACGUCGGCGACCUCAACGCCGGCGGCGCGGCGCGGCAAACCAGGCCCUUCUUCCACCGAAAUCGUCCUCCGCCGGGCGGCGUCUCCAACUUCCUCUACCCGCGCGGGUGGAGAUCCGUCAUUCCGAAGUCGGAUCGAUCUCUACUUUCGCCGUUCGAUUAGGUUCCACUUCAGCGCGCGACAUCAAUCCCCUUGGGUUUGAAGAAGGAUCAGGAUCUUCGUCCAUCCUUGGAGACAUUUCCUCUCCCUACGUUUGAUGCAUCUUUUUCUGAUGGAUCACUCCUCUCAGUUCAGUGGUUAUGGAGCCUCCCAUGAAGCAUAAGCCCAGUGCCGUGCCAAUCAACACUUCAGAGGAGGAAGUGGAGUUCCGAGAUAGAAAUGCUGAGUUAGUCAAGCGCAGGAGGACUGGAUUUUCAGGGUCCAUUGUCCAACCACAACAGGAAAUUGAAGUCUCUGACAUGGAGAACAAUAUUCCUGAUGGUCUUCCAGUUGAAGUUUCUACUGGCGAUGAUCCCAUGGAUGUACUCACUGAUUGUGCACUGCAAAGCUCUGGUAAAGCAAAUGGUCGCAGUGAGGGGCGCGUUCGUAGUAUCUCAUUUACAGGUAAUGAACCAGCAAGGUUGAGACUGCCAAAAAUAUGUGCUGCAAUUGGCUGGAAAGAACCAUCAUUUGACUUUAAAGAACAAGGACCUCCUCACAGCAUAUUGUUCACUUGCAAGGUGACGGUCCGCUUAGAGGGACUCGUCAACACUGUCAUAGAGUGCUUCGGUGACCCCAAGCCUAAGAAGAAAGCCGCACAAGACCAUGCUGCUCAAGGGGCAUUGUGGUGCCUUGAGUGCUUUCGACAUAUCAAGCAAUCUUCGGAUGCAUAUGCAUCAUCCCAAGGAGAGCGUCCGCCAGCCCUUAUGCUGCUCUAACCAACCCUUGCUUCCGUUGCAAUAUGUACAUGGCUCUUUUAACCUAGGGUCAGGUGGUAUAAUUAGUCUUUCGUUGGUGCUUAGCCGUGCUUGAAUCUUGAUCAUGUUGCCGUGUGGUGGCAAAACAUCAGCAUCGGCCUGUGGAUCCCUCCCCGUGAUUAGUCAUUUUUGGUUUGUACAUGGUUAAACUUCAUUCCUGGGGUGCAUAUCAUGCUGUGAUGAUUGUUGGGGCACAUUGAUUUUCCAGUUAUCCUUGCAGUGAGUACCA